GGUUGCACAUCGCCAUGCGCAUCCUACUUUUACGUGCAUUCUGAUCAACCUGCUGGCCGCCGUUCCUUAUCCCAUCACUUCUAACUGUAGUCACUCUUUUCCAGAGAAUCGAGAUCUUUCCGCAGGCGAAUACGAUCACCGCCGCGUUCACCCUCCUCGAGCUAUUUGGCAAAGCCGAGUGCAAGACCAGACUUCUACAUUCGGAUCAACGACUGGAACUUGGAGCCCUGAUUCUAGGGCAACGACGUGCCUACUAUUGCCUGUGUUCUCCCCAGAGGAGCAAGGACUAGUGUCCUCCAUACACAGAAACGCUGGAUCUGGUGCGUUGCUGGCGCGCUAGAACGCCGCAAAGAUGGAUGCCCAGAAUGGUGCAACAUCCAGCCGGAGGUUUACAAGGAGUGAAGAUCACAUCGCCAAUAGAAACACAUCAUUACACUGCGUUACAACCAGGUGGUCCAGGCUGAGAUGGAGUAUCUUCACUUUCCUACUAGCAUGUUUUUCGCUCCUGAGCGUCGUCUCCGCAGCCGCCGAUCCUCUUCCGACACCAGCCGAAAGGAGACUCCUUUUUGAUGAUCUGGGAGCACGACGCAUGAUGGAGCGAGCUGCCACAACCUCGACCGAGCAAGAGUCGUCAGCAUCGAAAACUAGCUCCGAAUCUGCUGCAAGUUCAACGGCCACAUAUUUGCCCCAGCCUUUUGACACUACGUUGGGAAACAAUUUCACGACAGAUUCGUGUCCUAAGUUCUUCAUCAAUUUCCUCAGCAAUGCGACGUUCCAGUCGUGUUAUCCGUUUUCGCUCCUGCUUCAGACGUCCCAUGGAUUCUUCGAGGCAGAGAAGAAUUUCUACCAGACUACCGCUGUGCUGCAAGCGGGUUGUGAUGCGAACUACAACACCUGCAAUAAUUUGAUGCAAUCGCUUGCUGUUCAACUCAAGUCGUCAAGCAACUGCCAAAGCGAUUACAAUGCUGAGAACCAGAUUGUGAUGCAAGCUUACUAUGGAUUCAUCACCUAUCCUCUCAUGUACCAAGCGGCCUGCCAGAAAGAUAGCGAAGGCGACUACUGCUUUGCCAAUGCUGUCGCAGGACGAAACAAUGGAUCACUCGCCGAUGCAUACUCGUAUUAUCUGCCGCUAGGUACAACGAUGCCAGUGGGCACUAGACCGUCCUGCAGCGAUUGCCUUAAAAGGACGAUGGGUAUCUUCCGCUCGUACGCAUCAAACUCAACUCAGCCCAUCAGCACAACGUACGUCAGCGCAGCACAACAAGUCAACAUGGCCUGCGGGCCGGAAUGGGUCUCGGACGUGAUCCAGAAAACUUCCGAUGCGUCUAUUGCAUCGUUAUCACCGUGGCUUUGGGUGCCAGCCUUUUUCGGUGCCCUCUUCAUCUUGUGGUAGGCAAAGCCUCCACUUGGCAACACUCCACAUAUGUACCUUGAUCAUUUAGCGUGGCGCUUGGAAAGAUGGUCAUUCUGCUGGUUUUGUGCUUUUUUUUUUUGCAGACAAGACGACCGUGUCAAAGAUUCUGCUCAUGAUUUUGUUUUCCCAAGAUGAUACCACGCUGACCACAGCAACGAUUACGCUUUUUGGCCGCAUGAGAGAUUAGCCCACAGAGUGCCUGGACUCUCCAA